CGUCAUCCCCUUCCUGCCCGCCCGCCGUCGGAGGUUUGCUUAGAUGACGGCCUACACUCGGACGCUCAAACCACUCGACACGAGCCCGAGUGGGCCGCUUCACCAGCCCUCACGCUGAGACCUUCGACUCUGAAGACCUUUCACAAUUGCAGGACCUACGGAGCACCGAAGAUAUCGAUUCUGCUACAAUACACGAUAAUGUUUGUCUGGGUGCUGAGCAUCGAUCCCCCGGUUUUGGAUCGUGCGACUUGGACCCUGCCGUUAUUGCUGACCUUCCCAGGCAAUAAAGCCAUCGAUCUCGCAAUCCUAAGCGAUCAUGACUGCCCUGAUUCUGAGCAUAUCCAAUCAACGGAGAAUAUUACUAGUAUCGCAACAUAUCAGGGCGAAUGUCCCUCGAAUUGCUCUCGCUUCCCGAAUCAAGAUCUAUCUUUCCAACGCAGACGACAAAAUGCAAAGGAGACCGCGGAUCAUGAUCGCCAGUCCCUCAAAGGAAGAGAAAUGCAAAAAAUUGUUCCUAUCGGUCCACUAGAGGGCCUAGACGUGGAAAGAGCGCUUCAUGUCCUGCCGUUCGUGCCCAAUUCUCGGCCCUUUCAGUUGAAGACCGGCUACAGUUCCUAUCUUGGCUGUUUGAGGGUGCUCUAUCACACUGCGUUUCUACGCGUACCAACACAGAUGCCGCCUCUAUAUCAGGAUCCAUUCAAGUCGUGGACAUCUCCUACGACUAUCCAAGUUCAAACACCGAACUAG